AUGGCGCUUAAAAGAAUCCAGAAGGAAUUGCAAGAUCUUGGCAGAGACCCCCCUGCGCAGUGUUCGGCGGGACCAGUUGGCGACGAUUUGUUCCACUGGCAAGCCACCAUCAUGGGACCACCAGAAUCGCCGUAUCAAGGAGGCGUCUUUUUCCUCACCAUUCACUUCCCAACAGACUACCCGUUCAAGCCACCAAAGGUGGCUUUCACAACGCGCAUUUACCAUCCAAAUAUCAAUUCAAACGGAAGUAUUUGUCUCGACAUUUUGCGUUCGCAGUGGUCACCGGCUCUCACCAUAUCGAAAGUGCUUCUGUCGAUCUGCUCAUUGCUCUGCGAUCCGAAUCCAGAUGAUCCGCUUGUGCCGGAGAUCGCGCGCAUCUACAAGACGGAUCGUGAGAGGUACAAUCAGCUGGCAAGAGAGUGGACGCAAAAGUAUGCAAUGUGA